AUGAGGGCACUCCUGUUGGCGAGUCAUUCAAUUCCUCGAGAGAAAAAUCCACUGGCAGAUGCGCUGCACAACGUACCUCCCGAGCUAACAUCUAACACACCCUUCUCUUCUCUAGUCAACACCUACAUCACCUACCCCAAAGACAACAAGACCCCCGAGAAGGCCAUCGUCUUCUUGACCGACAUCUUCGGCAUCUUCCCCAACUCUCAACUCCUCGCUGACGAGUUCGCCAAGGCUGGAUACUUGACUGUCAUCCCGGAUCUGUUCCAGGGCGACCAGAUCAACGUCGCUGAUAUGGAGUCUGGCAAGGCUGAUCUACCCUCCUGGCUGCCCAAGCACCAGCCCGCCAACGUCGACCCCGUCGUUGAGGCGUCAGUUAGGUACAUCCGCGAGACUUUGGGUGCGAAGAGCGUUGGUGCUGUUGGUUACUGCUUUGGUGCUAAGGCUUAUCUCACUGGGUAUGAAUAUGGGUUUCUAAUGGGCCAUUCUCAGUACGUUACCCGCCUUCUGAUGACCAACAAAGUCGAUGUUGGCUUCGCCGCCCACCCCUCCUUCAUCACCCACGAGGAAUUAGGCGCUAUCCAAGGCCCCUUGUCCAUUGCUGCUGCCGAAAUCGACUCCAUCUUCACCACCCAACUCCGUCAUGAAUCCGAGAACACCCUCAUUAAGGCCGGUCACCCCUGGCAAAUCAACCUGUUCAGCGGCGUGGCCCACGGCUUUGCAAUUCGCGGCGAUAUGAACGUCAGGAUUCAGAGGUGGGCUAAGGAGCAGGCUUUUGUCCAGGCCGUUUCUUGGUUCAAUCAGCACUUACGUGGAGAAAUUUUUGUUGUGAUCCAUCUUGGGAUUCAUGGAUCCGGGCAUACAUAA